UUCCCGUUGACAUUUAAAUUCAAAUGAUUUGGUACCAGAUACAUAUUCUAUACAUCCCAAAACCGUUGAAUCAAAGCAAUCUCAAACAAGAAAUGUGAAGACAAUAACAAAUGUUUAUCUCAUCGUUCCCAUCACCAAAAACACUAAUCAACGACAAAACCACCACUCGAUCUCUCUCACUCUUCCUCUCCAACACUAUCCCCUCUCUUCCACAAUCUCCACAACAACCAACCCACAAACCAGAACAACAAGAACCAGAAGUGAGCAUAACCAACACCACCUACUGGACCCAAAAGAUUCACAAACUCUGCUCCGUGGACCGCCGCGUCGACGAAGCCCUCCGCCUCCUCCACCACCUCCGCCUCCGCGGCUACACCCCCAACUCUCUCAACAUCUCCACCAUCAUCCACGCUCUCUGCGACUCCCACCGCUUCUCCGAAGCCCACCACCGCUUUUCCCUCUCUAUUGCUUCUAAUUCUGUCCCCGACGAGCGUACUUGCAAUGUCAUCAUCGCUCGCUUGCUUGAUUCGCAAAACCCAGAUGCCACAUUGGUCGUUGUUCGUUGUUUGAUCGCUAAAAACCCCCAUUUUGUACCUUCUUUGGUGAAUUAUAAUCGUUUCAUGGAUCAAUUUUGCUCGUUUUCUCGACCCGUUGAAGGGCACGGGUUGUUUUUUGAUAUGAAGAGUAGGGGGCAUUGCCCGAAUGCCGUUACUUACACUACGCUGAUCAAUGGUUAUUGUAAAAUUGGAGAUGUGGGUUCUGCUCAGAAGGUGUUCGACGAAAUGUUUGAAUGCGGAGUACGGCCCAAUUCGCUUACGUAUAGCGUGUUGGUUCGUGGGAUUCUACGGAAGCGGGAUAUUGAACACGGGAAGGAGCUAAUGGGGAAAUUAUGGGAGACAAUGGUGGAUGAAGAGAAGGAAUUGUCGGUGAACAAUGCGGCAUUUGCUAACAUCAUUGACUCUUUGUGCCAUGAAGGGUUGUUUCAUGAAGUGUUUGAUAUUGCAGAAGAUAUGCCUCAAGGGACGAGUGUUCCUGAGGAAUUUGCAUAUGGGCAGAUGAUAGAUUCGCUUUGUAAAGUUGGAAGGCAUGAUGGGGCCUCAAGGAUUGUUUAUAUAAUGAGAAAGAGAGGCUUUACACCAAGCUUUGUAUCAUAUAAUUCUAUUGUUCAUGGGCUUAGUAAGGAAGGUAGUUGUAUGAGGGCUUACCAGUUGUUAGAAGAAGGAAUUGAAUUUAGGUAUUGCCCUUCAGAGUAUACAUACAAAGUUUUGAUCGAAGGCCUUUGUCGAGAAGCUGACCUUUCCAAGGCGAGGGAAGUUCUUCAAAUCAUGUUGAAGAAGAAAGGUGUGGACAGUACUAGAAUCUACAAUAUAUAUCUAAGAGCUCUUUGUCUUAUAAACAACCCAACUGAGCUUCUGAAUGUGCUCGUUUUCAUGCUUCAGACCCAGUGCAGUCCUGAUGUAAUUACCCUCAACACCAUUGUUAAUGGGUUCUGCAAAAUGGGGACAAUUGAAGAGCCCUUGAAAAUACUGCAUGAUAUGAUGGCAGGAAAGUUUCGUGCGCCUGAUGCUGUCACCUUCACUACCAUUAUCGGUGGCCUGUUAAACUUUGGAAGAGUUGAAGAAGCUCUCGAUUUAUUUCAUAAAGUUAUGCCUGAAAAGGGUUUUAGACCUGGUGUUGUGACUUAUAAUGCAGUUCUUCGUGGGUUAUUUAAACUACAUCACGUAAGUAAAGCGAUGGAGAUUUUCAGCAUCAUGGGGAGUGAUGGUGUGGUUGCCGACAGUACUACCUACACUAUUAUGAUUGAUGGAUUAUGCGAGUCAGGCCGAAUAGAGGAGGCAAAGAGGCUAUGGGAUGAUGUUAUUUGGCCAUCAAAGAUUCAUGAUAAUUUUGUGUAUGCAGCAAUUCUUAAAGGGCUUUGUCGCUCAGGAAAAUUGAAUGAGGCUUGUGAUUUCCUAUAUGAAUUGGUAGAUUGUGGGGUUGCUCCAAAUAUUGUGAACUAUAACAUUGUGGUUGACCGUACUUGCAAGUUGGGUUUGAAGAGGGAAGCUUACCAGAUUGUGGGAGAAAUGAGAAAGAAUGGGCUGGCCCCAGAUUCUGUAACAUGGAGGAUUCUUGACAAGUUACAUGGCAAUGUUGGGGAUCAAGUCUGUGCUGACAAUUCAACCGAGCAGUUUAAAGAGGACUUACAGGACUUGAAUGGAUAAGAGUUUUGUACAAGUGAAGCAAAAUUGGAUUGGACGAGCAAAAUCAAGGAAAAAACAGAAAGUUUUCUUAUUUUAGAGGAUCAUGAUACAAUGGAUCUUUUGGCCCACCUUCAAUGAUUGGGCACCAGAAUCUGACCUUGAACAAAAUGAACAAAGGCAAGGCUUUUCUAACUGAGCUGGUGGUUUCUAAUCUUUAAGGAAAUGAAGUACAACGAGAGUGAUGAGAAGUCCCACUGUAUACAUUAGUAUUUCUUAGAUACCAAUCCAUUAUGGAGAAUUGGCAGUCUAGUUGCUGUGGAACUGUGUAUAGAAAGAAAUAAAAGCUGCAACUGAUACACAAACUUUGGGUUCUCGUUUAUGUUUUCUGCGAUCUACAGAAUUGUUCUCUGUAUUAUUUUAUCUAAGAGAUAGAGAUGUAGAUUAGAUAUUAGACGUUUAUUGGGGAAGCUAUGAAUUGCUUAUUGUGAUCUACUAAUUACCCUCCAUAAGGUAUUUGUCUUUCUUCUAAUUUCAAAUAUUUGUUUUGGUAUAAUUAAUAUAUUGAUGAUUACUCACCUAUUUUACUCCAAUUUUAAUUCGUAAUCUG